AUGGCACCCUUGACUCCCCGACUCAAGAUCCUAUCAGUGGGCGGGAAUCAGGUUUCUGCCUUCUUAUCAUGGCGGCUGCAAGCGACUAAUGCCUGCGACGUCACUCUCGUGUGGAAGACGGGUUACGAGCAUGUAUCGCAGUACGGGAUAUCUUUCAAGUCUCCCAUCUUUGGUAACGAGCGGUUCAAGCCCAGGCAUGUCGUCCGGACCCCCGAGGAGGCAGCAUCUCGCGGAGAGGGCGCGUUCGACUACGUUAUCCUAUGUAUAAAGGCACUCCCUGAUGUCUACGACUUAGCCUCGGUGAUCGACUCCGUCGUGACGCCCCAGCACACAUGCAUCCUCGUCAACACCACUCACGCACUCGGCCUCGAAUCAGCCAUUGAGGAGCGAUUCCCAACAAAUGUGGUUCUCUCUCUCGUUUGCGGCGCUGAUCUCGCACAGCUCGGGGCAAGCGAGUUCGAACACAAGGGGUCAACUGAACUCUGGGUCGGGCCGGCAAACAAGGUUUCCGGCAUUCCGUCCUCAAUACAGGAGGACAUGGCGCAUGCUCUAGCCAUGACGCUAAGCACAGGCCAAGUUGACUGCAAGGUGUCAGAUAACAUCCGACAGCAGCAGUUCGAGCGAGUAAUCGGCCCCAUUGCCUUCCACCCUUUGACUGUGCUAUUCGAGACGCCGAACUACGCUGCACUGCUCGAGAAAGUGGGUGUUUCCAAGCUGGUUUCCGACAUAAUCGAUGAACUCCUCGCAUUGGCGGAAGCCCGGGGGUGCAAGUUCCCGCCUGAGUUCAAACAAAACACAAUUGAUGAGUUCGCACGAUCCAGCGCAGAGAAUAUCAUGUGGCAGGAUUAUGUUGCGAGGCGGCCCAUGGAAGUCGAGACUUACCUUGGCUCGCCCAUCAGAUUAUCUCAGGAAACUGGGCUGAGCGUGCCGCGGGUCGAGACGUUAUAUGCCCUCCUCCAUCAUCUCAACAUAGCCAACCGCAACCGGCCCAAGGUCGAUGCCUCGCUGGGUCCACCGACCCGGCCGGGAUCUCCGUCCACCAUUCCCUCUCCUAUUCCCCGGAUAUCUUCCCAGGGUACCCCGCGACUGGGCCCUAACGGGAUUCCUAAUGGAAAUGGUAUGGGCCGACCACGGCCCAGGGGCCCGUCGAUGGGGCCACCAGGACCGCCGGGGCCGGGCAUGCGUCGUCCUCCACCGCCUAUGAAUGGGGCGCCGCCCAAUGGCUACGGACGACCCCCGCCCAAUGGAAUGCCGGGCUCACGGGUCCAAUCGCGGAGAAGUUCCAUGGAGGGAGCCGAUCUGGAGGAGUUCAGCCACUUGGUGCUUUACGACGACAUUCCUGAGGGUGGUGAAGCCGGCUACCCGCAGCCCAGCCCGCAGGAAAUUGCUCUGAGGGAAAGGGAGCUGCAAUUGCGGCAAAGAGAGCUUGCAUUGAGAGAGCGUGAAAUGAACCUAAGACGGGCAGCUGCCGGGGCGGGCCCGGGACCAAGAAGGGGACCUCCACCACCAAUGCGAAACAACGGCGGUGCGUUCGAUGACGAAGACGAAGACGACGAUUAUUUCGACCCCAAUGGUACACCAGGGGUUCCGAUGAUCGACCCAGACAACUUCGACAUGAUGAGCGUCACGUCAAGGAAGAACCGGAAAGUGCCUAGUAGUUCCGCACAGUUUCGCAUGAAUCCCGAGCAAGAUACGGGUCCCUCACGGGGAAGCAGGUUUCGACCUUGGAGUAGCAGGAGUCGAUCGAGCCAGAUCAUGACGAACGCGAUCCCCGGGCUCCAUGAUAACAUCUUGGACGACCCGCUACUGGGAUUUACGUCUAACCGGUAUGGCACCGUUGACCGAGGGGCAUUGCAUGGGGAGUCAAGGUCCAACUCCCUCACGGCCGCCCGUCUGGACGAGCUUCAGUACAACCAUGGACCGCCGCCUAUGGGUAUGAACGGGAACGGGCCUCGGCGGGCUAGUCAAUCGCCGGGAACUCCCUACACCCCGUCGAUCCGCGGCGGGGCGAGCGGGCGGCCGUCGCCUCCGAACGGGUAUCCUGGCCCGCACAUGAACGGCGGGCGUCCGUCUCCGCCCGACGGUGUGAAGCAGCCGAUGCCCCGGUACCCUCCCGGUCACGGCAAUGUCGUUGCGCCUCAGCAGGUGGAGCAGCACGCCGGGGUGAGCUCCCUCCACCCACCAUUGGGCAAGAAUGUACGAAGUCUGACCGGUAGUGCGAGCGGCAGCGCGGCCAGUGGUGAUUCGUCCCAUCUCGACUCGGAACCCUCUGCCCACAGCAGCCAGAGCAGUUUAGGUCCUCGCCCCCCGAUUGGCGUCCGCUGA